AUGUCGACCACGAUUCAGCCAAGGGUCAAGCCGCGACCAGCUCAUCCUCCUGGACCCACCUACCUCGCGUACACUCCGAACGGCAGGAAGUUGGUCACAGUCGGGAAUAAUGCUGUCGUCCGAGUCUAUGAGACAGGCUCAGACGGCGAGCCCACAAAUUUGGAUGACUGCCAGGAAAAUAACACGGCGGUGGCGGCAACGAACGAUUUCUUCGUCGCCGGGGCAGAGGAUGGCACUGUUUGCAUGUACUCGCUCGAUACGUACACCUACGAUAAGCUUCUGACAAGAUUUGCGCUGCCAAUCCGAGAUAUUGCAAUAUCACCAGAUGGUCAUUGGGUAGCAGUCUCCAGCGACGAAUUGGAAGUCAAAAUCGUGAAUACAGAAGAUGUCUACAAAAUCCUCUACUUGCGUAAUUUGCCGAAGCCUGCAAAACAUCUCUCUUUCGACCCUAGCGGAACCUAUCUUGCAGUCUCGUGCGCAGACGGCGCCAUCUACAUUUACCGCCUCAGCAAAGAAGAACCUGAACUGCUGAGAAAGGUCGAUGGGGUUAUUCAAAAUUUGGAAACCGAUUCAGAAAAGAGCUCAAGAGUGAUUUGGCACCCUGAUGGCCGCGCUUUUGCUGCUCCAACCGCAACCCGAGAAAUCCAAGUCGUAUCUCAUGGUGAUGGUGAGCGGCAGCGGACCUUUUCAACUAGCUCCAUGGGCGCAAUCACAGCCCUUGCUUGGUCCCCGAAUGGAGCAUUGCUGCUUACGGCCAGCCCGGAGAAGAAGAUCCUACUCUGGGACACGAAGACGACAAAAGUCAUUGCACAAUAUGAAAUUUCCAAUGUCAUCAAUCUUGCGUGGCAUUCGUUUGAGAACAUCGUAUCGUUCACUACUUCUGACGGUGAACUCUUCAUCUACGAUAAGUUUCUUGAGCCCGAAGUUGCAAAACAGCUUGAGAAGACGCUGCAGCCUGCGCCUUUCAUUAGAGAUCCACUCGCUGAAACAAGUGGAAACGCUCGAAGGACUUUGGUGAAUGGGCAUAAAGAGCCAUCGGAGUUCCGCAAAAGGCGAGGUUCGGCAGACUCAUUGUUAGAUUCGAUCUUAGGACCGGAGGAGGAGGACGAUAACUUCAUCAGUGACGACGAUGGCGCCGGCUACACUAAUGGUGCCAAACGCGGGAACAACCACCUGGAUGACAUCGACGGUUUCGACCACAAAAGAAGAAUCUCCUCAUGGCAGCCACGUAUUCACCAACCUUUCCAACCGGGAAGCACACCAUGGCGAGGCAGCCGUAAGUAUCUGUGCGUAAAUCUCAUCGGCUUUGUGUGGACAGUAGACCAAGACACCCACAACACAGUCACUGUAGAGUUCUAUGACCGCGAUUAUUACCGAGACUUCCACUUCACCGACCCCUACGAGUACGACAAAGCCUGCCUCAACUCCAAUGGCACCCUCUUCUCCUGCCCCUCCGGUAAAGACCAUCCCUCCAUGCUCUUCUACCGCCCACACGAAACCUGGACAUCCCGCGCAGACUGGCGCACGUCUCUCCCCGCCGGCGAAGAAAUCACCUCCAUCGCCCUCUCAGACUCUUUCAUCAUCGCGACCACCUCAGAAGAUUACAUCCGCAUCUUCACCCUCUACGGCACCCCCUACAGCAUCUACCGCCAGAAGUCCUCUCCAACCGUAACCUGUGCCUCCUGGCACGACUACAUCCUCACCAUCGGCAACGGACCCCUCGACAGCUCUGGCUCCACGAAACUCAAUUACACAAUCGAAAACAUCAAGCGCGACGAGACGUGCCAAAGCGAAGACACCCUCGCCAUACCCACGGGCUCUACCAUCAAAUCCGUCUUCUUCUCCGACCAAGGCGAUCCCUGCGUUUACGACACCACGGGUGUGCUGCUUGUGCUACAGCAUUGGCGUACUCCAGGCCAGGCGCGCUGGGUUCCUAUCCUAGACACAAAACGUCUGGAACGGCUGGCAGGCGGGAAGAAGGAGGAAACGUACUGGCCGGUUGCUGUCGCGCAGGAGAAAUUCCAUUGUAUCAUCCUCAAAGGCGGGGACCAGCAUCCUUACUUUCCGAAACCGCUACUCAGUGAAUUCGAGUUGCAGAUCCCUGUGUCUGUCAAGAAACCUGUGGCGAAAGCUGCCGGUGGUAGUGGUGAAGCCGAGGAGGCAGAAGCCACAGCGAACGAGGGGCCUAGGCUUGAGGAGGCAUUUGUGAGGACGUCGCUCCUGCGCAGUCUUCUCCAAGAUCAAGUAGAAGCGACCCAUGCGACGCAUACGCAGCGGACGGAGCUGGCGAGACGAGAGCUCGAGGUCGAUAAGGUGUUGUUACAGCUAUUGAAUGUGGAGUGUAGGGAGGGCGAGGAGCGGGGGAUGAAGGCGCUGGAGAUCGUGGGAUUGAUGAGGGAUGCGAAUGGGAAGAUGGUGGAUGCUGCGGGUAAGGUCGCGGGCAGAUAUGGCAGACGGGUUUUGCAGGAGAAGAUCGCUGAGGUGGCGGAGCGGAGGGUGAUGGGACUCGAAGGGGAGGAAGAGUAG